AUGUCUGAUACCUUGAAGAAUAAAGUCUUUUGCGUCACUGGUGCCGCCUCCGGCAUAGGAUUGGCAACUAUGAAGACCCUUCUUGCCCGACAAGCUUUAGUUAGCAUCGCGGAUCUCAAUGAGGCAUCAUUAGAUGUAGUCUAUGAUUCCCUUGAGCGUUCUCAAAAAGGGCGGACCUUUAAGAAAGCUCUAGAUGUCGCUGAUCGUGAGCAAGUAAGGAACUUUCUGGAGCAAACAAAGAGCCAUUUUGGCCGAGUAGAUGGAAUAGUCAACUCUGCAGGUAUCUGUGGUCGCUUCAUGGGAACUCGAGAAGUUUGGGAAAUUCCAUCAACCGAAUAUGAUCUGGUGAUGGAUGUUAAUGUGCGCGGAACCUUCAACUUCCUAGCAGAGUCGCUGAAGCCGGGAUUCCUUGAAGCGAAUGCCAGCAUAGUCAAUAUCGGCAGUACAGCAUCGCAGCGUGGUAUAAAGAAUGGUGCCCCGUAUAGUACUAGCAAGCAUGCAGUGGUUGGUUUAACUAAAAGUGUGGCCCAAGAAGUUGGACCUCGAGGCAUUCGUGUCAAUAUCGUCCUUCCGGGAACAAUCGAUACCCCCAUGCUCCACGCAACCGAAGCUGGAUUUAAGAAGGCAGGUACCACUCUUCCUCGUCCAACCUCAAGUCGUCCCAUCCCACGCAGAGGUGAUGUCUCCGAGGUCGCCAACGUGGUUGUAUUUCUUCUUGGAUCUGAAAGCUCAUUUGUUACCGGGGGAGUCUACAAUGUCGAUGGGGGAGCGAAUUCUUGA